UUUUUCAAAAUCAGAAAUUUUAGUUUAUUAUGACUGAAUUUAUCAGUUCUUCAGACAAAAUUUGUAGUUUUACCCUAAAAUGAACCGUUCUUUGUGGCUUGGUAUAUUCAUUUUAAUGUUAACAGAAAGAGUCAUUUCACCAGGAUAUAGACACGGAUACAAGCCCAUAGAUGAUGGAUUUAUAAACAUGGAGUGCGCCGACUGUGAAAAGGUCAAUGAAGAUUGUAAAAUUGAAGAGAUCGGAUUUUUCUGCGAAAGUCCCGACGACGCAUCUCAUGUUCAAUUUAAAGAAAAUGCGAUUAUACCAAGUAAUUUAAAGAAAUGUUUGCCGAAGGAUCAUUAUUUCUCCGAAAUAACCAGCAUUCAAAACACAUGUUGCUUCUGGUCCCCUGAGAUGGGCUGCCAAGCUGUGAAGGGUAAGAACAAACCGGCGGAAUGUUCCAAAUGCCUAGUGGUGGGAACUGUUCGCCAAGUAUUCCCCGAGGGCUGCCCUUGUAUAUCUCAGAAAUCUACAGAGAAAUCAAGUAACGGACAAGAAAACAUUUGGAACCGCCAAAGCCAUUUGCUUCUUAUGACUAUGACUGGCUUUUAUUUUUUGUUUAGCCUAAGGUUCAGCUAAUCGUACUUUUUGUUCGAUCUUAAAUAAAACGUUU